GUUGUUAUUUAUUUUUUUAUAACUUCCUGCAUUCUGUCGUUGAUAUUAAAAUGAUUUAAAUUUAAAGUUGUGAUACAUCAGUUCUGUAGUCUGUACACCAUGGCUGGAAUAAGAAUUCGGAAUGUUCCAAAGGACGAGAAGGAAAAGACUUUAAAGAUUCACUUUUCGAAGCCUGAAAAUGGUGGAGGCAAGAUCAAGAAAAUAUAUUUUCCAUUAUUCAACAAUGAUGCAGUUAUUUUGUAUGAAAAGAAAGAAGUUGUAGACAGUGUUACCCAGAUGGACCAUCUUAUGGGAGCCAAGAAACUUGAAAUACAGACUCUCCCAGAACACAUGAUCUUUACCAGCCUAAGUGCUCGUCUCGACCCAGAUGCCUCAGUGCUUGUACAGGCCACCCAGUCUCUACAUGAUGAGAUGAUGUUUGGAGAAAAUAUUCGCCUGGUGGAGGAGGCGGAUCAGACAUACACGUUACAUGGCAACUGGUUCCAGCUGGAGUGGGCGUGGCAUUAUAUUGACUGCUUCAUGCAACAACAGGAGAUAAUUCAGCAUGAAAUAAACCAACAGCCCCAGAGAUACGCAGGAACUCCUAGAGAAGUCGACCAAUCAGAACUGAGCCGAGGAGUGACAAGUCCCAGAAACAGCCCACGUUCACCACUGGAAGUCAACAGUCAACUGAGGAAGAAUAUUGAUCAGCGUAGCCAAAAUCUUGAUGCCUCUUUGUCGCUUGGAGCUAGACAGAAGAAGAGGGAUAUUGACAUGAAUCAAGCCUCUGGUUCACACAGAUCACAUGAUGUACAUGUGAGUCAAUCUGGACACCAAGAGUCUAGUUCGGGGGUACAUCAUGCAUUCAGUGAUGAUGAUGAUGAUGUUGCUUCACCUGCUCUAAUAGACCAGUUAAGGAAGGCAAAUGCGAGAAGAACUGAAGAUGACAGGGGUAACAAGCAUAGUCGAGAUUUAGUAGGCAUGUAUGAUAGAGAAAAUUAUGUUGACGAUGAUGAAAGAGGAAUACCAAGCCUUCAUGGGGAAGGGUUUGUGGUACCUUCUGAUACACUGCAUGGCUCCCUUCAGAUGCCUGAAGCAAGAAGGUCAGAUGACCAGAAUGAUACUUUCCAACAGUUUUCUGGCCAAUCAUUGGGCCAGACAGCAGAACAUGAGACAGCCGAUGCAGACUAUGGGAGGACCGCAAAUAGAGAUCAAGGUCAUGCUCAUGAAACUUCUGUAAAAGACAAGCAUGAAGAUACUGGGCUCCUUUCAAGCUCUCAGUCUUCAAAUCUUUCCACUCAGAGUAAAUCUGCAACUCCUGUUAGGAAGGAAAGUCUGUCAAAAUACAGUAAGCCUUCUGGAAACUUGUCCGACACAUCAGUCGGUGGUCCCUCCCCAAGAACUACACCACCUAGAGUUUCACACUCAGCAUUGCGGAGCAACAUUCCGGACCGAUACACAGAGGACCAACUGCUAUCUUCCUUUGAUAUAAAUGGAAUGAAGGUGACGCUGUAUUAUGGAAAUAUAGCUCAAGAAGAAACCGACGCAAUAGUUAAUCCAGCCAAUGAGAAUUUAGAGCACUACGGCGGGUUAGCCUACAUUUUGCGUCAAGCUCGAGGCGCGGAGAUGGACCUUGAAUGCCGUAAUUUUAUUCGUCAUAAUGGCAGUUUAAAAACAACCGAAGUUACACACACGUCAGGGGGUGGUAAAAUAAAGUCUUCCCAUAUCAUCCAUGCUGCUGGGCCAAUGUGGCUAACUCCCACAUACAGGGAAAAAUUCACUAGACAGCUCACACAGACAUUCCUGAACUGUUUAAAUUAUGCUGAGGAAAGGCUGUGGAUUCGCUCAGUGGCUUUACCAUACAUCUCUACAGGUGUAUAUGGAGCACCACUAGAUGUUUGUGUGAAGUGCUUCCUAAAUGCUGUCCUCAUAUUCACUGCGGAAGGCUCCACCGACCAUCGCCUGAAUGACGUCCGACUGGUGAACAAUGAUGCAGAGAGCACAGUCACUUCUAUAGUCCUUGUUCAAACCCAACUUGACAUGGGCAUACCAGCGUUGUCUGCUGAUGCUCAUGAACUCAUGAUGGAGUCAAAAGAAAAAUCUGAGACAUCACGCACGGCUCAGUUAAACCUUCCUCGAGGCAGACAGGAUACUGGAGGAGCGUUAUCACAGACUAUGCGAGGAACAACAGGUGUCUUACAAAGGUUGAGCUCACAGGAGGCUGAGAGAGACUCUGGUAGUGGAUUGAAGUCUUAUACACAUCGAAGAACUUCAUCCUUGAGUCGCAUGCCGCAGAGAAAAUCGGAUGUGAGCAGUGAUGAUAGUUAUAGUUUGUAUGGUUCGAGGGCCACUGAGGGUCACAGUAGCAGGGAUAAGGGUUAUGGUUCACGGGCCACUGAGGGUCACAGUGGCAGGGAUAAGGGUUAUGGUUCAAGGGCCACUGGGGGUUACAGUAGCGGGGAUAAAGGUUAUGGUUCACGGGCCACUGAGGGUUACAGUAGUGGAGAUAAGAGUUCUGGUAGCAACAGUUCACAUGAAAGAAGCCGGGAGAAGACAAGGUCAUACACACAGGAAGAUAAGACUUCUUUGUCCUCAGCAAAAAUGAGCCAGACCAUUGGUGGAAGGUCAAAACUGAAGAUGGAUGAUUUCAUGGAUAAAAGUAUGUCCCCAAGGUCCACCAAAUCUGCAGACACUGGUUCAAGAGCUGCACCAAAAAUCAAACAAAAUUUAUUACCCAGUGGUCAAAGGUUGAAAUCGACAAGGCCAACCACAACUACUACUUCAUCAUUUGGCCAGAGAACAAGCGAUGACUACGGGGCCUUUUCAAGGCCUCACUCUGGUUUAACUGGUCGGCAUGACACCAGCGAUGAAGAUGAAUUUGGACUACAGAGCCUUCCAGCAGAUUUAAGCAAGCAUACCUUUAGAGAGCGAUUUUUACAAGGGGAACAGAAGUUGGAAAAGUGUGCGAUAUGUCUUGAUACGGUGAGAGAUCCAAAGCAGUUGAAGUGUAAUCAUGUGUUUUGUCAUCCAUGUAUUGAUGAACAUUUUAGAAAGUCCAAACCAGCGUGCCCAGUUUGUGGGUCAAUCUUUGGCCGAGUUAAAGGUGAUCAGCCAAUCGCAGGCAGAAUGACUUACAAAACUGAUCGCGAUAAGUUUCUACCAGGAUACGAGGGCGAAGAUGGGAUGAUUAUCAUUACCUACACAUUCCCAGAUGGACGGCAAGAGCAUGGCCACCCUCAUCCUGGAAGGUCGUACAAGGGUAUAAGCCGUAAAGCAUACCUGCCAAACAGUGUUGAGGGGAGGGAAGUGCUACGACUCUUGAGGAAAGCCUUCGAUGCUCGCCUGGUGUUUACAAUCGGGGAUUCCAAGAUGUCGGGGAAAUCUGAUGUUCUUACAUGGAAUGACAUUCACCAUAAAACCAGUAUAAACGGAGGGCCAACUAGAUUUGGCUAUCCGGACCCGACAUACCUAGACCGUGUGAGAGAUGAACUGGCUGACAAGGGUAUUGUCUCCGAAAAGUGACACUUCCAACUCACAGAUUAACCAUCCUAUGUAACUGUUUGAUUGUGCUGUGAUUAAAGACUGGAAAGUUUUAAAUAUUUCUGUUUAAAUGGUCCUUCGUGUUUCGUAGUUUCAAGGCCAUGAAAAUAUUGCUUUUUGUUGAUAGAGUAAUCAUAUCUACUUUCAGCCAAACAAUUUGGCAACAGUUUGGCAAAUUUAUUUACUUGAUUAUGUGUUUUGUGCUAUUAUACAUUUUUUUAAAUAUAAUACUAUCAAUGGUCAGCCAAUUGUUUUUGUUUUAAUAGGCAGUUACUUUAAAGUUAAAGGAAUGCUUCGAAUUAUGUCCACAAAGUGAAUCAAAAUGAAAUUCAUGUAACCAGUAUACAUGUACCACACUUUCUCUGUGAUAGUAGUUUAUAUUUUUAUUCAGGAGCAUGAUUAUUUUAAUAGGGCAAGCAGUUUAAAUAAUAAUGUACACAAAAAAACGGUAUUAAACAGGUUUUGUAGCACAAAAUGUGUGUAUUCAUAAAUGCAUAUUAUUGAAAUAAUCUGUUAUAAUGGAACAUGUUAAUCAUGUUUAACUUUAGUUUGCUUAUCAUCUGCAGCCAUUUGUAUUAAAAGCAAUAAGUUUAUAAUCCCCAUGUUAUCUUUUGGCAAAUAUGCAAUUAAAAUCGGUUUCAUUGGUCAACAAUAUUUAUUUGAUAGAUAUUGACCAAUCAAUUAAUAAUUUGGCCAACUUUUAUGAAACCAGUCUUAACCAGUUUUGUACAAUUGGCUGCAGUAUUUGUUCUACCAAUACAAAAAGGACAUGCAAAACAAAUCAUCAAAAAGCUGUCUACAUUUUUGUGGUGUUUUCCAGGGGCUGUAUUCAAAAACCAACUUACAUUUUAAUUUUAAGAUUAGAAACCUUGAGUGUUAUGAUUGGACUGUAAAAAUAACCGGCCAAUGAACUGAAUGGAAUCACUUAGAUGUGUCUAAAGACAAGGAUAAGAAUGAUAAUGAAUACCGCUACAGGGAACAUAGUUGAGGUAUUGUCAUAGCCGUAGUGUCGUCAUCAGAUCUGUACAGAAACCUUGGCCAUACCUCAAAAAAUUGUUCUAGCUCCUCAUAUGAAACUUAUUUCACAAUUUUCUAGUAACAAUAUAAUCGUGUUUUCACUGUAUUGUUUCUGUGUUGCAAAGGACAAUACUCUGGUUUUACGUGUUUGACUUAUGCCCCUUUAUCAUCUGAGAGUAACAGACGAGUGUUGGCAUCUAUCUACUGCGUUUCUUGUUCUGUUUCACAAUUAGUUAAGCCUCGCUCAAAAGGGUCUUUCCUGGCAUGGCCAUUGUAAUCCUAUAUCUGUAUUAUUUUCUUCUGAGUAUUAUGUUUGACAAUAGUAGUGAAAUUGCCGCAAGCAGAUAUGGGGCUUUUAGCUUACAUGGACUUGCUCAUCAUAUCAAACAUGUUUUAACAUAAAACAAAUAUAACAUAUCUUAAAGGUAUCUUUAACCAUAAACAGGUGGCUCAAAUGAUGCUGCUGUUCUUUUUUCAGUCAUAAGAGCCUAUGCAUCUCAAAGUUACUGCAUAUAUAAUAUUGACUACGGUAUGUUAAGACCUAUAAUUCCGUUCUUUGGGGGUUCUGGCCUAUUUACAUUCCAUUUUUUUUGUUUAACUGUAUUUUUUGUUUUGUUUGUUUACAGGUUUAUUGUGUACACUGUUAAUUUUUUAGCUCCACUGGCCGAAGGCCAUGGAGCUUAUGUCGUCACAGAUUGUCCGUCAUGAGUGCGUGCGUGCGUGCGUAAACUUUUACUUUAAACGACAUCUCCUCUGAAACUGAUAAGCGGAUUUUGACAAAACUUCACAGGAAUGUUCCUUUGGUGGUCCUUUUCCAAAAUUGCUCAAAUGGUUCCGGUCCAUUGCACAAUAUGGCCGCCAGAGCUAAAAAUAGCAAAAUCUUUAAACGACAUCUCCUCUGAAACGGUUCGGCAGAUUUUGAUGAAACUUGACAGUAAUGUUCCUUGGGUGGUCCUUUAUUAAAAUUGCUCAAAUGGUUCUGGUCCAUUGCACAAUAUGGCCGCCACAGCUAAAAAUAGCAAAAUCUUUAAACGACAUCUCCUCUGAAACGGAUAGGCAGAUUUUGAUGAAACUUGACAGAAUUGUUCCUUGGGUGGUCCUUAACCAAAAUUGCUCAAAUGGUUCCGGUCCGCUGCACAACAUGGCUGCCAGGGCAAAAAAAUAGAAAAACCUUUAAAGAACAUCUCAGAAACCGAUGAUCAGAUUUUGAUGAAACUUAACAGAAAUGUUCCUUGGAUGGUCCUUUACCAAAAUUGCUCAAAUGGUUCCGGUCCAUUGCACAAUAUGGCCGCCAGAGCUAAAAAUAGCAAAAUCUUUAAACGACAUCUCCUCUGAAACGGUUUGGCAGAUUUUGAUGAAACUUGACAGUAAUGUUCCUUGGGUGGUCCUUUAUUAAAAUUGCUCAAAUGGUUCUGGUUCAUUGCACAAUAUGGCCGCCACAGCUAAAAAUAGCAAAAUCUUUAAACGACAUCUCCUCUGAAACGGAUAGGCAGAUAUUGAUGAAACUUGACAGAAUUGUUCCUUGGGUGGUCCUUAACCAAAAUUGCUCAAAUGGUUCCGGUCCGCUGCACAACAUGGCUGCCAGGGCAAAAAAAUAGAAAAACCUUUAAAGAACAUCUUCUCAGAAACCGAUGAUCAGAUUUUGAUGAAACUUAACAGAAAUGUUCCUUGGAUGGUCAUUAACCAAAAUUUGUUAAAUGGUUCCAGUCCACUGCACACCAUGGCUGCCAGAGCUAAAAAAUAAAAAAAACUUUAUACGACUUGUUGUCGAAACCGAUGACCUUUUUUCGAUAAAACUUGACAGAAAUGUUUGUUUGGUGCUCCUUUACUCAAAUUGCCCAAAUCAUUUCGGUCCACUGCACAACAUGGCAGCCAGAGCUAUUAAAGUAAAAAAAAAAAUUAAAUAACUUCUCCUCAAAAAUUGAUGAUUGUAUUUCUAUGAAACUUGACGAAAAUGUUCGUUAGGUGGUCUUUGCUUGAACCUUUUGGCCAGUGGAGCACAGGCACUGAUGUGCCUCUUGUUCUUUGUUAUUUUGGUAAAAUUAUCACAAUACAUGUUGUUAUUGUAUAUAUAUAUAUAUAUACAUGUUGACCAAAAAUAUGAAAACAACAGCAUUGUAGAUGAUGUACAAGUCUUAAAUUAAUGUCAGUUCUAUCACAAUAUAACAAGAAUUUAAAUCCCUGUUCUAUCACAUUUUAUGUACAGUUUUACAGGACAAGUAUCAUAUAUUUUUAACUAGAAUCAUUACGUUAGUGUCAGUGUCCUAUGACAUUUGUGUGUAUGAAUUGAUUAUUAUUUUUCUUGAUAAGGGUAUGUUUGCUGCCAUUUUAUAUUAUCUCUUUCUUUAAGUUUUCUUAAAGCAGGACACAUAAAUCAUUCUGUUUAUCUUAUAUCAAUAUAGGUUGAAGAUUUGGUUGAAGUGCCUUUAAUACAUUUGAGGGUUUGUCCAUAUACUUUUCAUGAUUUUAAUUUGUUUUAAUAAAUUAUGUAUUGUAGAAAUGAUAUUUUCAAGCAAGUUAAGAUCACAUACAAACUGAAAUAAAAGAAGACAACGUUCACUAAAAAUGGAGAAAAAACAGUGACAAUUACUACAAUAAAAAUACUCUAAAUAACACACUUUGAGUGUAUUUUUACUGCCUAAUAGUACAUAUUAGCAAAAAAAAUAUGCAUUUAAUAUUUGAAGUGCAAUUUAAAGGUAUUCUUACCUGAUAUCAAUUUUGACAAGAAAAAAUAUGAUUAAAAAUAUGAUGCCAAUACUGCUGUGUUUAAAUGCACCUAAUUUUAAUGCACUUAUUUAUUGUGCAAUUUAAAAGAACAUUUUUUUAGAAAACAGAGUAAAUGGAUAUACAUUGAAGAUUCUAAAUCAGUGGAGGUGUACUGUAUGUUCGAACAGGUAUACCUUUCUUUAUGCCAGCUACUAUUUUAAUUGUAUACUUUUCAAAAUUGUAUAUAAUACGCUGUACACAUUCCAUGUUUUUUAUUGUAAAGUUAUGAAGGUUGUAAUGAAGAACCAGCUAUGUUUAUAUAUACAUAUUGUUAUGAUUUUAUUCAUGUUUUUCAUGUUACAACAUUUUAGAUAAUAAAGUGUGUGGGUCUUUACAUUGAUAUUAAUGGCAGUAAGUCUUGGCAUGAUUUUGAAAUUAUAAUGCUUCAGUGUCCAUCUGCCAAAAAUGAUGUAGUCUUAAACUUAAUUUUACCUAGCUGAAAAAAAGCAUUGUUGUCUCAAGCAUUGUUUUAAAAUGUCAUUUGUAGAUGUAUUUUUAUGAUGGGACAUAUUCAGUGAAUACCAGUGCUGGGAGGAUAGCUGUUGGCAUCCACAAAUAUUGUCCACACUUUACCUUUGCAGAUAAUCACCAUUCAUCACCAAAUAUGGUCCAACUGUUUAUGGACCAAACAUUUUAGAAAAAUUAGAUAAUUAGCCAUAAAUCCCAGUAACUCAAUAAUUAAUGCCCUUGAAUUGACAAAUAUCGCAGAAUCAACACCGUCCACACUCUAACAUUGGCAAAAGUACACCAAUAUAAUCACCAAACUUGAUCCAAUGAUUAUGAUUGACACAAAUUUAUCGAAUUGACAUUGUCUGUUUUCAUACUCUAGCAUCCUAUCAUCACCAAAUAUAUCAAAGAAGAUUGAUAAGUCAGAAGUUCCAGGCAUUACAGGGUUAUGGCCCUUUUACAGAAUUAAGUGGCCUCUUCUAUCUUCGUCAAAUUUACACCAAUCAUAAUCAUACUUGGUCAAAAUAUUUAAUAGCACAAUAUCUCCGCCAAGUUUGAUAACUAGCUGAAAAAAAGUCAGCCAGGCCUUUGGCGCUUGAAUUAACAUUUAGGUUGAUAGAAUUGUUACUUUCAGAAUAUGGCAGAUGCACACAAGUCACACACCAAACUUGGGGCGCAUUGUUUAUGAGCAAAACCUCUAUGAAAACUUUGAUAACUAGCCCAUGUGUCUCAGCACUCCAGAGCUAGACCAAUUAAUUAACACAAAUGUAAAGUGCCUGCUCUUUCAAUUCGGCAAAAUCUAUUUUUGUCAUAAUGUUUAUGGUCAUAAUAUAUCUACAAAAUUAAACAAUAAAUCUGAAAGUUCAAGUCACACCACAGUUAUGGCCCUUCAAUUGACGAAAGAGGAAUGAUCACAAUUGGCAGUGUUUGUUCUUUAAUUUUGAAAGAAAAAAGGUAUACCACUGCUCAUGAAACUCGGUGUCCUUAUAGGAUGUGUGUUAUAUUGAGAUACUAGUAGAUGAAAUUCUUGUUAUACAAUCUUUUGUAGAGCUGCUAUUAUUCUGUGUAUGUUUGAAAUCCGUCCAGAAAUGAUAUUCAUAUUAUGUCAAUAUUUUAAUAUUACAGCUGUAGCAUUUUGCCACAAGUGCCAUAUAUUUGUUUUAAUUUAGUUUUAGUCGACACUAUAGUGUGUAAUUGGUAUUUUACAAAUGACUCCAUAAAACCUAAAGAUGUACUAUUGUUUAAUGUAAUAGAUUAAUUCAAAAGACUGUUUUAAAGAGUAAUAAAAGACUAAUACAAGUGAAGAAUAACUUAUGAUGCCAGAUGGAUGUUGUUUUCUGUAUUAUUUUACACAUGCACAUGACAUUAUAUAGUGAAAAUGUCCUGAAUGCAACAAUAAACACAUUAAUCAGA